AACGGAGAUUGCAAUGUUGCUGUGAUUUGAGCAUCGCUCUGCCAGCGAAGGAAUCUCGACCCGGCGUCAGUCUUGCUGUGAACGUGCGACGGUUCGGCUCGAAGACGGCAACGCGAUUUCGCGGACGUUCGCGGCACAUUCGGUGGAUUCGGUUAGACGAAGCGUUUGUGUGUGUGUGAGAGUGAGAGUGAGCCUUAGGGCGAGUGGGCACGAGAUGAUCGUACGCGUACGCUGAUCAUGGGCUGAUACUACUGUCUGGUGCAUACGUUCGAACGCCUUUACCUUAUCUCACGAUGCGUUGCCGACUCGUACAGCUCAAAGGGAUAACGCAUGUACGCUUGCUGUACCACUAAUGGUAGUAUUAGGCUAAAACCAUGCUACUCACCGUCCCGUCCCGUGCAUCCCACUCUGCGCAAGGAAUGGUUAUACUACAAUGGCAAUAUACGAUACCUUAAUAAUUUUGUUUAGUGGAAAUUAGUGCAUCGACAAACGAAAUUAUGAUAAAGCCGUUCCAAAUGCAUCAAAACACUGACAGUGAAACCUAAAGCACUUCACAGGGCCACACCCAGCCUGGUAAUGAAAACGUCACCAGCCAUUUUAUGAAAGUGAAACAUUUCGUUGCAUAAAAAUCGAUCAUUAAAUGUCAAAUCAUUACCAUUACGGUGAAGAAGUAAUUAUAGAUAAUUGUGACACACAAAAAUCCGUUAAUUCCAGCAAUCAGCUCCCAGGCUCCGGACGGUCCAAAGCCGGUCAGGCAGGAGCAGUAGCAGCAACAUCGCCUGGGACUUUUAAUCAUCGCCCGGUUCCGGAGAGUUGAUGCGAUUUCGCGCCUCGUAGAUGCCAUUUCGUUACGGUGCUGAAUGCUGAAAAUGACAUUUAAUGUGGUGGAAGUGAUCAAGAAGCAUUAAAAAACGGAAAAUUAAAACCCAUCGCUCCGAGCGUGUCCACUGUUAACGGCAGCGGCAGCGUGCCAUUUCACCGAAUGGGAAAUUAAUUCGAUGCCGUUCGGGUUUGCUGGAGUGAAGUAGUAUGCAAACGAGCACCCGGCACCCGGCUAUGAGGGAGGCCAGUGCAGUGACCGUACCUUGAAGGGCCGUUGGAACGAACGCUGUCAUAAUACAAUGAAAGUCGAUCGUUUAAAAAUAAUCUUAAUCCCACCGCGUGGAUUUGUCACUCCGUAAUCUGAGGGUAAAGUUGACCAGCGCAAAACAAAUUUUGUUGCGGUCAAAAAGGAUUAAAGUGCAGUGCUUGAACGGUGGUGCGAAAGGUGUGGAGGAAACCAUAAUGUGUGAAAUGUGCAACACAAUCGUGCGUUGAUUGGAGAUGGAAGCAAAACCGUACCCCAGUGUGCACCGGCUAAGAUGUAUUGCUUCAGCAUCCGAUCGUGUGGAAGCGGUAGGAAGUGAUAAUUGGAAGUGAAUAGUGCAAUUGGCCACGUUCUGUGCUGUGCAGCCCAACCGUUGCACAAAUAAAUGGUGUCCGUGCGCUUUGGCUUUGUGCAUUGCGCGUGUUAUACUUUCGAUAGUGCAAUGUGUAGCAUCAGUCGUGCUGGUCGGUUUGUUUGGGAAAGUGUUAAUCGUUUCGUUGUUGUAAAUUAGUUCAAAACCGCAUUGAAAUGCAAGUGUACCAACGUUCGCAACACUGUUCGUCCCACCGAAAUACACACAAAACACAAGCCGUAAUGGAAUUAAGACAGGUUAAACCAUUGUCAGCAAACUGCUGCAGCUGGAUUAUUACGCUAAUGAUGCUCAUCACGUCGCCAUCAUUGCUGUGCGCCGAACCCGAUACGCAAAUAUUCCGCGUGGACCCGUUAGCGCUACUUUCGGGAACGUUGCGCACAUAUCAACGGGCCGGCUGUGAUCGAGAGCUUGUCACAUUAAGUUGUCCCCGCGGCACGAGCAUCUCGAUCGAGAUAGCGCAGUACGGGCGGAGCGGCGAUGCAAACGAACGGAACUUGUGCCCGGCAAGCACGGAAGAUGCGCUCGAUAUCAGCAUACCGGGGACGGAAAUAGAGAUAAAGGCACCGGAAAGCUGCACCUGGCCAAACGCCUUGCAGUACUCGCUGCUUCAGACCGUCGUGGAAGCGUGCCAAAAGAAGCGCCACUGCAAGUUUCUCGCCUCGCCCAAAACGUUCGGCGGCGAUCCGUGCCCGGGCCAGCGGAAGUUCGUCGAGGUGGCCUACAAGUGCCGACCGUACGAGUUCCGGAGCAAAAUCGCUUGCGAAAACGAUGUAAUUCAAUUAAUUUGCAACCCAUACUCCCGGAUAGCAAUCUACAGCGCAAACUACGGCCGAACCGAGUACGAGAGUCUUCAGUGCGCGCAGCCGCAGGGUGUAAAGGAGGAAAAUUGUCUCGCCUCGUACGCCACGGAAACGGUGAUGCAAAAGUGUCACGGACGGCGGAAGUGCACACUCUCGGCGGACAGUACCACAUUCGGCAAACCGUGCCGGCCCGACUCGAGGAUGUAUUUAAAAGUUGUUUACACAUGCGUGCCUAGGAAGGUGCUGAAGGAUCGCUUCGAGGCUGCACCGGAACCGGACGAACCGCUGCAGAGUGACCUCGAGCAGGACCAGGACGAGCUGUACGAUGAGGAUCAGUUUUUCCGCGAGUCGGACGCGGCACCGCCCGGACCGGCACCGAAGCUGCAGGGUGGCCCAACGAACGGUCGCGUUUCCGAUGUGCCCGGCUACGUCGGCACAUCGAGCAGCAGCAGUACGCCCGCUUCACCGCCCCGCUCCAUCCACGACAUUAUGGACGAUAGUGACUUUUCGUUCGGAGAAAACCAGGAAAAAUUCUACCUUUACCUUAUCGUGGCCGUCACCGUCGCCAUCCUGCUCUGCGUGUCGAUCGUGAUCGGCCGGCUGGUGGUGCAGCGGCGCCGCACAGCGAAGGACGGGGACGAUAAAUUCCAAACUUCCAACACCGGCGAAACGACGCUGCCGAACGGUUUCACCGACGACAUAUCGGAAAUCGAUGCCGAUAUCGAUCUGCAGACGCCGCUCCCGGUGCCGAGCGUCUCGCGAAGCGAUUCUAAUCAAACCUGUCUACCGUUCACAUGUUCGCUGCAUGCGCUUACGCUUCCGGCUGCCUGUACCGGCCGCCUGUUCAACGAUUGCCGCCCGACGACCAACGCGCCCACACGGACACGGAACGACUGUAUUGCCACCCGGCAGAGCUACGGACCGUACACGCCGUCGCCCGGCCCGUACGGCAAUCUCGGACCGUCGAACAUUUCCCAUACGUCCACCACGAUGCUGGUGCCGCCGUGCUCGAUGGGCACGAUCAUGAGCACCUCCCAGCCGCCCGGGUAUCUCGGCGGGCCCAUCAACAUCAUGCCGUCACAGCUGGGCUCCAGCAUAGGUACGAUAAGGACGCCACUGGCAGCCAUGACGACCCUGCCGAGGCCGCACCAGCCAUCGCAACAGCUUCCGCCCGGCUUCCUCGGCGGCUCGGUAAUUGGCACGCAAACGCUACGCCGCCUGUCGAGCGAUCACGAUGGGAACACACCCCGCAGCCUCAGUAGAGGAGCGACCAACGCGCAGUACUACUACGGAUGACAUCCGGUUCCUUCGCAGCCGGCGCUUAUCGCCACGUCUGGUCCGCCAGGAACCGGCACGGGGCAGAGCCACGGCGUCGCGCAGCAGCAGCAUCAGCAGCAACACCCGUCCCAGCAGUUGUCAUCCGCCUCCUCAAUCUGCUCCUCCUCCUCGACCCAUCCGGGGCAGCAGCAGCAGCAGCAGCAGCAGCAUCAUCAGCAACCACCGCCACACCCGCAAUCCAUCCUAAAAAACAAGGAACCAACGAUCAGUGAACUGGAGGACACCAUCGUCAUGUGUCCACCGAAUCGAACGUACUGUUUCUAGAACUACAGCAUAAUCCUGCUAAGGAAGCAUCACACCACCACCACCACCACUACCACCGCCGCCGCCGCAGCCACACUACCGCUCCACCGUCCACCGGUCGGUGAGACGAGCGCGCUGGACAAAGAUCUGGUGUAUCUGUGAGACAAGUUUGCGAAAGCUAAUUAAACUUCGUUCGCUCGCACCAACCAAGCAAGCACACAAAACAAGCAAA